AUGCCACUGGCUAUUGCCGUCGGCCGCCGUGUUGUUCUUCUCGUUUGCACCUUGAUCCUCGUCAUGGGCACAGUACUCUGUAUUACUGCUGAAUCAUACGAAUGGCAUCUCGGAGCACGCAUGUUGAUUGGGUUUUCUGCUGGACAGAGUGAAGCUUUGGUUCCGAUGAUCACCCAGGAAGUAUUCUUCCUUCAUGAACGAGCAAAGUACCUCAUGGUCCAGCAAACGGUGCAGGUUAUCUUGACCACGAUUUGGACUCUAUUUGCCAGCCCAAUCGCCGGUGCCAUCACACCUCAAGGAUGGUAUGGUCUUGGCGCAGGGCUAGCAGGCCUCCAAUUCUUCGUGGCGCUAUUCCUCCUACCAGAAACCAAGUAUGAUCGUGAUCUAUCUGCAUACCAAGAGUUCACCAGUAAUCCCAAUCAGCCAGGAAAUGACAUCGAAGCAAGCGAUUCUGGGAAACCAACAGUUGUGUUAUGCAAGCACAGGCCCGCAUUGGACUUCGUCCACUACCAGCCGCGAACUUGGAAGUCAGACAUGCGUCUUUGGAUCGGCAAGCCUGAGUGGUAUAAGGCAGCGGAUGUUCUUAAGGUAUAUCAUUCUAUUCGCGCGCCUGGAACCCGACGUCAAAACACAGCUAAUGUAACUAUCACACAGCAAACCUUUGAGCUUUUAUUCUUCCCCAAUGUAUUCUGGGCUCUAUGUCUGAACGGACUCACCCUUGGCGUCAAUAUCGCCAUGGGAACAACAUACGGCACCAUCCUCACAGCCGCCCCAUACAACUGGCCCGACACAAGCGCCAGCUACGUGAACUGCGGACAAAUCGUCGUAGCGCUCAUAGCACUACCUCUCCUGGGCACAGGAUCAGACAGAUUAAUCCGACGGUAUGCAGAGCGCAACGGUGGAGUUCAUGAGCCGGAAACUCGGAUUCUACCUUUAGUUCUCCCGAUCAUAGUGGGAACAUUCACGAUCAUUCUGUAUGGGCAGGGUGCUGCGCAUCCAGAUAAGUAUCAUUGGUUUGUUUAUGUGUGGGCUAUGUCUGCUUACUACUUUGCUUUUGUGGGAGCUAAUAUUGUGGCUAUCACUUAUCUACUUGAUAGUUAUCCUGCCCGGGCUGGCCCUUUGCUGGUGAUUAUUUGUGCGUUCCGUGGGUUUAUUUCUUUUGGUACCAGCUAUGGCACGACGCCUUUUGUGCAGAGUCAUGGCUAUGAUGGGGCUUUUGGGAUUUUCGGUGCUCUUACUGCUGCGUUCGGGUUGCUUGGUUUGCCGAUUUAUAUUUGGGGGAAGAGGAUUCGUCAGUUCACUGGUAGGUUUGCGAAGAGCAAGACGGUUUAA